GGCUUUGGGGCUGGGACUGCCUGGCUCACAGGCCAGUGAAAGCAGCUCGGUGAGGAGGCGGGGUUCUGGCGAGUUCCCCUUCCACCUUCCCCACCCUUCUUUUCCAACCUUUGUUCAGCAGCUAGCUCGAUUUCAACCGCUAUUGCAGCUGCUCCAGCACCGUUUUCAGGACCCAAAUAAUCGCGGCCGCUGUUCCCAGGAUGGUGAUCCGUGUUUACAUUGCAUCUUCUUCUGGUUCUACGGCGAUUAAGAAGAAACAGCAAGAUGUGCUUGGUUUCUUGGAAGCCAACAAAAUAGGAUUUGAAGAAAAAGAUAUUGCAGCCAAUGAAGAGAAUCGGAAGUGGAUGAGAGAAAAUGUACCUGAAAACAGUCGACCAGCCACAGGGUAUCCCCUGCCACCUCAAAUUUUCAAUGAAAGCCAGUACCGUGGGGACUAUGAUGAUUUCUUUGAAGCCAGAGAAAAUAAUGCAGUGUAUGCCUUUUUAGGCUUGACAGCACCUCCUGGUUCAAAGGAAGCAGAAGCCCAGGCAAAGCAGCAAGCAUGAACCUUAAGCAUUCUGUCUUAACCAUCCUCAAACAGGAGAGUCUGUUGCUUUUAUAAAAUAGCAAAAUUAUCUUGGCUUCAAAAGAUUUAGGCUUAAUAAUGAAAUAAUAGAUCAGUUAACAUUUUUCCAUGCAAAAGGUCAAAAUGGAUACAUGAUUAAAAUGUAAAUCAUAUCAGGAGAAUGGGAGGUGAACAUAAAAUUUUAAGAUGUCCCAGAAUAGUGCUGCCAAAACAUUUUACAUACUUCAUUGAUUUCAAAAAGCAAACACUCAUCCCCUUUUUGGUACUAUUGCAGCUUAAGUAUAUUUGUGGCUCAACUUGUUAAAUAUUAAGGAAUUUUAAAAUGAGAGAUCAAGAGAGGCUCUGUCUCUUGUUCCCAAAUAACCUCAUUGAUUUUAGUGAACAUGAAUAUGUACAUUUUUAAUGUUAUAUUAAUGUGAUUAAAAAUAGUUUCAGGUAAUGUUUAUGAUGUGUCAAGCAUUGUAAUUUCUUAUGGUGAUUAUAACAUUCCCAUUCUUUUGUAGAUGGAGCUUCUGUGUACUGAACCACAGGUUUUGCAGGCUUCUAAAUGUAAGCUUUUCCUUAACUACAUAGCAAUGAUGAAAUCAUGUUUCUAAGUUGCUUGCCCCAGUGAAAUAUGCAUAUAUGUGUCAUGGAAGUGGAUGGCAAGUGAGUUUAAAAUGGCAUCCUCUUGCAAAGAGCGCUACAUAAGCUAUUCUAAAAUAGGCUGGCUCUCGUUGCUCAAGAUUGGCUUGACUUGUAGACGUCUAAAGAUGAACUGAAAAAUCUUAGUGGUCCACCCCCUACCUUAAAGCACUUGGAUCCAGGAAUUUCAAUAUCUCCCAGAUACCUGUCGUUUUUUUUUUUCAGGUUGGGCAUAUGUCAUGUGUAUCCAUUUAUCUAAGCAGUGUUCAUCUUUUCUAUGCAUCUAUUCCAGCAAAUAUGAAGUACAAUUACAAGAAACAUUAUGACCUAAAUAACUUAUACAGAAGAUAUACAUAUUGUCCUUUAAUUCCACACUACCUUAUUACUAAAAGCAAAUACCUUUAAAUUAUUUUAUUUUAUCAAUUGAUGUAUACAGGUCUAUGCUCUGCCAAAAUCAACAUAUAAUGGAUACAUGGCUUUGUCUACUGCGAUUCAAACAUGAUGCAAUGCUUUCAAAUAAACUCAGUACUUUUUGAAAUAUAA